AUGAUCAGCCUUUUUGAUAAUAUCUUCAAGAAGCGCUUGGUGCUCUACCAAGGACUUUAUCUGGGCUACAGAAAACUAUUGAAGAGUAAGGUCAAGUUGAUUCGAAGCUAUACUCCAACUAUACUUGGAUCGCCGACAAAAUCCGCACCACUCGCCAUUGAUGGAACUCCACGAAUCCAUCACUUCAACGGCUUCACACCGCAGAACAAUCAGGCCUUCUUUGGUGAUCAUGAACCGUUGCUCACAGGCAACAUUGAAAUUCAGUCCAUAUCACAGACAUCUACGGUUCAAAAUCAUGCAAACGGAUCAACCUCUUCUUCACAAAAUGGUGAAGUUGUUCAUAAAAACGAAAAAACAACAAUACAGUUCAAGGGGUCGAUUACGACUAAUCUUCCGGUCAACCUCACGUCCGGUGGCGGCAGUGGACUACCCGAACUCACUGUAGUGGACGCCAAGACUCCCGGUGCUAGCAGUGAGGCGCCAGAUCUGUUGAAGGUAGUACGAAUUCCGACCGAGAUGAAAAAAGAAGACAAGGACUGUGGACAGCAAAAUGUCGAAACAGUGCAACGGAAUGGAACCACAUCCAUGAUGAAACCACUACAACCACCUCCAGCUGUAGUGAAAUUUCAGCAACUAGAGGUCGCUCCAGGUGCUCACACGAAUUCUUCUCAUCCCCAACAAUCACACCAACCAGCACCCCCUUUCGCAGAUAGUGGCCAGUUCAAUGGUGAAACAAAUGGGGAAGAGCCUUUCACUGGCGAAGCAAAAGAAUUUGGUUUUGAACCAAAAGUUGAGCCAAUCGAUGACUACUCUUAUGGGUUUGGCGAACACAUGCGCUACGAUCCUUCGAAUGGCGAAUUCAAUGUUUCGAAGUAUCAGUCGAUGCCUAGCGGAGACAGUGAAAAGGCGGUGGUUGUUCAGAUGGAAGGCGAUGCUAUGCGGAAAUACUCACAACGAAAUGUGAAAAUUCCGAUUCAUGAGCGACCGUACAAGUGUCCACGAGAUGAUUGUGAUCGACGCUUUUCACGAAGCGAUGAGUUGACGAGGCAUAUUCGAAUACACACAGGGCAAAAACCAUUCCAG